ACUAUUAUUAGUGUUUUUCUGCGCGAGUAAAUCUAGCGCUAGCGAAUUCGCAAUGGUGGAAAAGUUCUGAACGAUACGAGAGUUUUACACGAAUCCCAGAUCGCGAGAAGGGCGCGGAGGAGAAGCAAGGAAUAAGGAGGACCAGAGCAACGAAAGUUUUCCCCAACUUCUCUCUCUCUUUCUCUUUUUCUCCAGAUUUGAGAUCUUUGGAUUGCUGAUGGAGACUGCCGAGCCAGGACCGGAUCGAAUCGAUUCAGUGGAACCAUUAAACGCCCCACCAGUCGAUAAUGCUGAGAAUUCCAUUAGCAGAGAGAACUCGAAAGACCAGCCUCUGUCUUCUAAAGAUGAGAAAAGAUUGCAUAAUGAUAUUUCACACGAUUCAAAUCCCAUGGAUCCACUAAGAGAUGCGCCGUUGGGAUCCUUAAAUACCAGUGGAGAUCAUGGUCUUGUUUAUCCACCAAAUAUAUAUGCUCCACAAGCUCAAGCAUUUGUUUAUGGAGGCUAUGAGAAUACUCCUGGUGAAUGGGAAGAGUAUCCGCAUCACUUUAUGCAUGCAGAAGGUUUGGAACCUGGGUCAGCAGGCUUUUACUCCGAGAACCAAUCCGUUAUGUUCCACCCUGGUUAUGGGUACAGUCCCCAGAUGCCGUAUGGGCCAUAUUCUCCAGUUACAACACCUUUACCUGCUUCUGGGAGAGAUGGCCAGCUUUACUCCCCUCAACAUUUUCCUUUUACAGGCCCAUACUAUCAUCAACCAACUACGCCCAACAUGCCAUAUCUGCAUGCACCGACUCCAAUAUCUCAAGCUGAUUUGACAAUGCCACUUGAGCAACAAGGUGCUUUUCUUGCCAACCUGAAUUCCAGCAGCAUUCUAUUGGGACCAACAACUGCUUACCAUGUUCCCUUUAGUUCUUUUGAUUGGUUGAAAUCUCCAGAUGCGAUGGGAUCUCUGACUCCGUUGCUUUCACCAGCAGCUUCACCUCAACCUCUAGGCGCUGUUGGAUCCUAUGGCCAAGGCAUGAUGCCGUUUUCUUCUGGAAUGGCAUCUGAACCGCAAAGAUCUUUCUAUGGUUUUGGAUCGUCAAUUAAUUCCUAUGAUCAAGGAUAUUUUCAAGGUGGGAUGUAUCACCAUGGAAGUAAUUUUGGAGGAUCUAUUCCUAGCUUAGCAAAUAAUGGUCGCAGUUUGAUUGCAAUUGACAAAAGUAGGAGACGAGGCAAGGGAAAUACUUCCAUAUGCAACAGCUGCAAUGACUUUCUCAACGAACAAAACCGAGGUCCACGUGCUUCCAGACCAAAGAAUGCAAACAUUGAACAGGGUUUGACAGCUGAUAGCAAAAACAAUAAUGUAACUUCAGGUGUUAACCGUGAACUCUACAAUAGGCCCGACUUUUCUGUUGAGUACAAGGAUGCAAAAUUCUUUAUAAUAAAAUCUUACAGUGAGGACAAUGUGCACAAGAGUAUUAAAUAUGGUGUUUGGGCCAGCACUGCUAAUGGAAACAAGAAACUAGAUGCUGCUUAUCGUGAAACAAGGGAUAAAGGAGAUUUUUACCCAGUUUUCUUGUUUUUCUCUGUGAAUGCCAGCGCACAGUUCUGUGGUGUUGCUGAGAUGAUUGGACCUGUUGAUUUUGACAAAAGCGUGGACUAUUGGCAGCAAGACAAGUGGAGUGGUCAAUUCCCUGUGAAGUGGCAUAUUAUAAAGGAUGUGCCAAACAGUCUGUUCCGGCAUAUUAUCCUUGAAAAUAAUGAUAAUAAACCUGUAACCAACAGCAGAGACACCCAGGAGGUAAAACUUGAACAAGGCCUGGAGAUGCUAAGCAUCUUAAAGAAACAUGAUUCUGAUGUGUCAAUUCUCGACGACUUCGGCUUCUACGAGGAUCGACAGAAAUCAAUGCAGGAGCGGAAGGCCCGACAGCAACGGCAGCUUUCUCCCUCCUCCGAUGCGGUUGAUGGGAGACCGACUCCAGGUUCAUUGAUUAGUCAGAUCUCAAAGAGCUUUGGCCAGGUGGUUAGACUGGAAAAAGCUAACGGCGAAGGCUCUGCAUCUGAUAAAAGUAAUACCGCCAUUGUCAAUUCUGAGGACCUGAAGAAGUCUACUUCAUCAACGGCAGCAUAGAUGGUAACUGGUCCAAUCAUUCAGGUUCUUCAUUACUGGCUAAGUAUGGAGGAGGCUCAAUCCAGCAUUUGGAAAGAGGGGAUGUGUGGGGGGAUUAAUUGAUGGUUCAUGUGGUAGUUGUACAGUAAUAUAGGCCACCCAUUCUUCCAGUGGUGUAACCAAAGUUUUUUUUUUUCUCACCAUAUUUCUUUCAUGUUAUCUUUUAAUUUUUUUGCUCAUCUUUUCCUUUUUUUUUUUUAUCCUUCAAUUUUAGCUGCAAGGGGUAUUGGAGCUGCUGCUUCAUGUUAAGUCAUUUGUAAAGUUCCAAUUGAGAUGCUCGGUCAAUAAGUACCACUUUGUGUGGAAAGUCUCUGUUCGAAUUUCGAAUCUGGUACAUCGUUCUAUAUUUUACUCUU